AUGACAAUUAUAAAAGAAUUUCAUGUGUAAAUAUCUAAACGAAAAAUUUUAAAUUUAUUAACUUAUUGUAGUUCUUGAAAAAUAUCAUAAGCUUUCAACAAUAUUUAAAAUUAUAACAAUUACAUUUUAGUGCAUAGGCAAUGUAGUUUACUGAAAUUAAUAUUGAAUAUAAGUUAUAAUGGAUAAGGAUACAGUUAGAUCCUCAGAGGACAGCAUACCUUUAGCAGAUGACGAUCCUCAAAUUAUUAUUCCGGAUGACCAGGAUUUUUCUCAAAUUUCAAAUAAUAUUAUACGCAACCAAAGUAUGGACUCAUUGCAAUCUUCAUUUACUAAUGGUAGUUGUAGUCCCAGUAGAAACAGUUUAGAUCCAGAUAUGAGCCCUGAUGAAUUAGAAGAAAAGGCACGACUUAUAACACAAGUAUUAGAGUUGCAAAACACAUUAGAUGAUUUAUCUCAGCGUGUAGAUAGCGUUAAAGAAGAAAACUUAAAGCUACGAUCAGAAAAUCAGGUACUUGGACAGUAUAUAGAAAAUUUAAUGUCAGCAUCAAGUGUAUUUCAGACAACUUCUCCUAGAGUAAAAAAAAAAUAAAAGUGCAAUUUUAAUAUCAACACCGAUUUGUUUUUUCUUUAUUUGUUGCCAUAAACAUUCCAAAACACUAAUGCUUUCACAAUUUUUUAAUAUUCUAUACUGAGAUAUAUGUAUAUUUUUUAACACUAUUAAUGUGUUUAAAAAAUGUUAUUUUAUUUGAGAUAUUUAUAGUUUAAAAUAAAUUCUAGCUUAUAUUGUGCAUUA